CUCUCCACAGUCCAUAGUUCUCAUUUUCAUUAUGGCUGCGGAAGUCCACUGGAAUCGUUCCGUCCAUGGCAGCCAUUGUGGUGUCAAUCGCUUAGCCAACGAUCCGACCAUUGCGUCACAACACGAUCCAACUUUUCCUGAACAGUGUGAUCACGUUCUCGAGAGGUGUUUCCCCGGUUCUGGUUCCUCGCGAUUCCACGGGCUUCCGGCCGAGAGUGUUCAGUUUUGGGAUUCAAGCACCGUCUCGCCUUCGCUGAAUCCGUCCCGCCUGAACGACUCUAAUGACGGCUCGCCGCUGCCUCAUCCGUCUGUUGGAGCCUCGCCAGCCUCUGCGGUGGCGACAGGUGCUGCAGCGGCCGCGACGGUGGUGCGAUGGCGCGUGCUGUGCCGAGCAUGGCCCGCACACUGGCAACACCUGCGAAGCAUAUGGCUGUCCUGCGCUUGGGGAGACAUGUUUCCCCACAUGCGCGCCCAUGGGAGAACCGCAGGGGGCAGCGGCGCAUUCAGACACGUCUCCGCCUCCGCAAUGCCCGGCCCCGGCGCUUCUUCUCGCGCCUCAGGCGCAGCGGAGGAAGAAGAUGCGCCUGAUGGCCUUGCCGCCGUUGACGGCAGAUAUUCGUUGCCGCUCUCCUGCCCUCCUUCACUCCCCAGCCCCCUCGCUCACCCCUUGCUCCUCCUCGCCUCAUACCCUCUCCCUGCCGCUCCCAGCACGCCACCAGUCCGCCACUUCCCCGCCUCGCUCCCUCAAUCCCUCCUGAAUCACUCGCUCUUCCCCCCCCACACUUCCUUGUGCUCAGCUUACUCACCCCCAGCAAGCCAGUCGCCCUCGUGUCUUUCUCCCAGCCUCCAUGCGCGCCUUCACUCACACCACCCUCGUCACAAGCACACAGAGGCGGCACAGCCACGGCAAGCUUCAGGAGAGGGGCGUGAGAGAGAGUGUGGCGGAAGAGGUGGAGUGGAGGACGCGAGGGUUGGAGGGGAUGGACUCACGGCGGAAGCUAUCACUCAUGCAGCCAUGGCUCCGAGGCAGACGGCUGGGCGAUGGCAGCCACGGCUUGGUCCGGAGCUGGCUCUUACUCCUUCGAUGAAGUGGACGGGCGAAAGAGAUGGCCGCGGAACGUUGAGUGGAAGGGAUUGUGAUAAUGCCAGUGACAGUGAUUGUAGCGAAGGUGACUGGGAGCAGGAUGAGGAGAGAGGGGAGGAAAGCUACAGCGGCGCCAGAGGGGGUGCGAAUGGAAAUGAAGCAGAGCGGUUGGAGUGUGUGUGGUCAUUCAUCCGCCACCAUCCCCCCUCUCGCCCUCUCAUGCCUCGCCUCCUCUCCUGGCGCCCUCCGCUGCACCUUUCUCCUCCCACGCCUCCCUCCUCGGCUGCCCAAUCCACCCAUGGGUAUGUGGGCCCCAGCAGCUGCAGCAGCAGGCACAGCACAGGGGGUGCUAUGUUGGAUCAGCGGCUUGUGAUGCUGCUGGCGAGGCGACUCAAGGAGAGGCAUCGGCACCACCAUGCUCUUGAGCUGCUCCAGUGGAACAUGGCUCGUCGCUCCUCGCCCGCCUCACCACACAGCCCAUGUCAGCAGGAGCAGGAGAGCCAAUCAGGAAGCGGGGACAUGGAGAGGGAGGAGAGGGAGAGGGAGGAAUGUGAGCUGAUGGACGGCUUGGCUCGUUGCGGGCGAUGGGGAGAUGCCAGAGAUGCCUUUCUUGCCCUGCCGAGCCACGCUCGCACUGACAAGGUUUAUAGUGGAGUGCUCUACCACCUGGCGCGCACGGGCCAGCACAGCGGGCUGCAGCAGGAGCUGCAGUGGGUGCAGGAGACGGCAGGGGCGGCGCUGGGGGUGUGCUCCUUCAACGCGCGCCUGCUCGCUCUCUCGUGCCUGCCAGCGCGGUCACCCCAUGCCUCUUCAGUUUUGCAGAGGAUGGACGCCACCGUGCAGGAGAUGCGAGAGAAGGGCAUCUCUCCCUCUCUCUUCACCUACCAUAUUCUGCUUCGCCAGUGCAUGGAGCAACCCACCCAUACACUGGCGUCCAUGCUCCCCCGCCUCAACGCCCUCCUGCACGCCAUGCGCCACUGCGACCACCUCCUCCCCUCCGCCCAAACCCACUCCAUCCUCCUCCGCGCCCUCAUUCACGCCGGGCAGCUGUCUCGGGCAGAAAACACUUUCAAUGCCAUGAUGGAGGAUGGCCUUGUGCCCGCACCUGCUGCUUGUGCUGCGCUGUGGAUGGCCAUGGGGCGGGCGGGGAAGGGGGGCCGAGGGGGGGAGGUGGAGGGGAUGUGGAGGAGGGUGCAAGGGAUGGGGGUGAGGGUGACUCGGCCCAUGCAUGUGGCACGGAUAGCGGCUCAUGCAACGGCCGGCGACAUUCCCAUGGCUGAAGAGGCGUUUGGGGUCCUGCAUGUCCGCAGUGCUCGCCUAGACCGCGACGCCUGUACGGCUCUUCUCAAGGGGUACACUCGAGCCAGCAUGUCAGAUGCCGCGCUGCGAUUGGUUGACGCCAUGCACGCAGCGUGCAUUCCUAGCAGCACUGCCACGCUCUCCCUGCUGCUCUCGUGUCUCACUCGCUCCCACCGCCUCGCCCAUGCCACCGCUCUCGUCACUCAACUCACCUCCCCUGCUGCCUCGCCUCCUGCCUCUCCUUCUGCUGCUCCUCCUCCUGCCACCACUACCAGCCCGGCCUACGAGCCUCAUCCCAAUUCCCUACCUGGCUUUAUGCCUCCGCACACAUCUCCCUCCCCCACUCCGCAACCCCCCUCCCAGUCCCACCACCGUGCCCAGCCCCCCAGGGGCCAUGCCCCUGCUAUCAAGCGGCGGGUGCUGAGGGGGCUGAUGGUGGCGCUGCAGGCAGAGGGGCACGUGGAGGGCGUGCGGCACGUGAUGCACGCGGGGGAGGCCAUGUGGGGCCGGGCGGAGCUGGCCUGGUACAAGACGCUGCUGGGGGCCAUGGUGCGCCGCGCGGAGGGGGAGAGGGAGAGGGGGGAGGGAGGGGAGGGGGGGAGUGGUGGGAGAGAGAGGUGGGAGGAGGCAAGGUGGGAGGAGGAGGCGAGGGGGGUGGAGGAGGAGAUGAGAGAGAAGGGAGUGAAGGGGGACCAUGAGGUGAGAGGGCUGCUGAGGAGGCUGAGAGGCGUGGCUGGGGCGCACCAGGAGUGCACGGCUCAGUAGCUGGGAAAACCAGCCUUGCUGUUGCUGCAGUAUUGAAUCGAGAUGUGGGAGAGGGUUGACAAACUUGCUGUUUUGGGGUCAAGUGAAUGUGUGUCACGAGGUCAGUGCAAUGAGAGUGAUGAGUAACGAGCCUGGGCUGGUUGCUUCCAUCCAGUGCCAGCCCAAUCUGGUCACGAGCACCUGGUAAGUGCUGGCUGCUCUUUCUGGAGUUUAGCUAUCAAUAUGGCGUUCAGCUAUCAACAUGGCAUUCAGCUAUCAACAUGGCAUUCAGCUAUCAACAUGGCAUUCAGCUAUCAACAUGGCAUUCAGCUA